GUGAAGCAGUAUUCACAGUUUGCUCUGCCUGGACUGUUGUUAUUUUCCACUUGUUUUUCCAUUUGAUGGCGUUCGAAUUUGCACUGGAAUAACAAAAUUCUACAGUCAUGUCUAUCACUCGAAAUACAUGUGCUUGUGAGCCAUUAUGCAGUGUCAGCAGAGUUGAGUGAAAACAGGAGAAUUCCUAAAGUAUGCCACCCAUGCCAUGCCGAGGCGUUCGGAUUGACGCAUGCACUUCUCGCCGGAGGCCGCCUGCAUAUUUAUGAUUCGUGUGCGUCUUAUAAAUAAAGAAAUUGCAAAAUGAAAAUGCAAAUGCAAAAACAUCAGUUCCUGUGGAACUGUGUCAACAAUGCGUGCCAUAAGUCCACCUGUGCUCACCCAGAUCCGAGCCACAAUCUGACCAGAGUCGUCUUGCACUUCACAUCCAGCUCGUAUUAAGUUGUUGGAUAUAGUCUGAAAUAUUUUCAUGUCUGGUCCAGCUGAAUGAGAGUAGGAAAUACCCUACAGGAUAUACCCAGGAUAUCACACAUUAACAUACAAAACAAAACAGCAUUUGAAUGAUAUUUAAGGGGUAUGAAGUUCUGCUGACAUCAUCGGGAAAUGCGAGGACGAUAUCUCAAGUAUUAAGGGUGGCAUAUCAACAGUUGGUUCCUUUCCCCAGCUACAGUUGAGGGGUAGGAUACGGAUAGGAUUGCGCUCAAGGAUCCAGACGGGGCGCUUUCUGGGCGCAGUGAGGCGUGGUCGAACUGCUUUAUCGACGCUAUGUAGGUUGCCAAGCGACCGUAACCAAGCGUUGCCGACGAAAACAGAAAACGCAAAACACACAAGACCCAAACACCGAGGAGCCAGCUGGGCGUAAGGAGCGCAAAUCCCGAGGAAACGAACGGCUCUGCGAAAAAAUGAUACUUUCGCGCGGAAAAACCGACUCGGCGAGCUCGAGGAACGCCAGCGGAGGUGCUGGCAGUGGACUCGGCGUUGGAAGGCAGGCGAGGAAGACCCCGGCACCGGCCUCCCUCGAGGAUUUCAUCAUCAGGCGGGACUACACGGGAGCCCGGGCUUUUCUGGAGUUCGCCAACGACGACGAGGACGAGGAGGAGGGUGCCCAUGGAUCCAAGCAGAGUCAGGUGGAUCAGUGGAUUGCCUUUUGCAAUUUCCAUUUGGGUGACUACCAACAGGCUCUGGCCCAGUACAAGGCCAUACGGCAGGGUUCUUCAACUUCAGAUGGGAAAUUGGAUCUCAACCUGGCCGUGUGCAUGUUCUACUUGGGCUUGUACGAGGAGGCCCAACAACUGAUGGCCAAUGCGGCUGACAAUCCGCUGAAGCAGCGACUCCUCUUCCAUUUGGCCCACAAGCUGGGCAACGAGGAGGAGUGGAGCCAGCUGCAGGAGGAGAUGCAGGAUUCCUCGAGCUUGGAGCAGCAACUCAGCCUGGCGUCGAUGCACUACAUGCGUGCCCAUUACCAGGAGGCCAUCGAUGUGUACAAACGCGUGCUGGUGGACAACAAGGAAUACCAGGCCAUCAAUGUCUACUUGGCCUUGUGUUUCUACAAGCUCGACUAUUACGACAUGUCCCAGGAGGUCCUGGAUGUGUAUCUCAGUCAACAUGGCGAUAGUACCAUAGCUAUUAACCUAAAGGCUUGCAAUCGAUUUCGUUUGUUCAACGGUCGUGUGGCCGAGCAGGAAAUCAAGAAUAUAGCCGAUAAUGGCACCUUCGGAGCGGAUCUUCUGCGUCACAACUUGGUCGUUUUCCGGAACGGUGAAGGAGCAUUGAGAGUCCUGCCAGGACUACUGAAUAUCAUUCCUGAGGCUCGCUUGAAUCUGGCCAUAUACUAUCUGAAGCAGGGCGAUGUCCAGGAAGCUCAUGCUCUGAUGAAGGAACUACAGCCGACUUCGCCGCAUGAGUACAUACUCAAAGGAGUGGUCCAUGCUGCUCUGGGCCAGCAAUUGGGAUCGAAAGAGCACAUCAAGACGGCACAGCAAAACCUGCAUUUGGUGGGCAGCUCGGCAACAGAGUGUGACACUAUACCUGGUCGUCAGAGUAUGGCCUCCGCCUUCUUCCUCUACGAACAAUUCGAGGAGGUGCUGGUCUACAUGAACUCCAUUCGCAGUUACUUCGUGAACGACGAUGUAUUCAACUAUAACUUUGCCCAGGCCAAAUGCGCCACAGGAUACUACAAGGAGGCGGAGGAGUUGCUGAUGCAGAUCUCCGACAUGGAUAUCAAGAACCAGCAUACCUACUGCAUGAUCCUGGCCAAGUGCCACAUACACUGCGGUCAUCCCGAGUUGGCUUGGAAUGUAUUCAUCACCAGGGAUACGAAUGCAGAGGCAUUCAUCCUGUUGCAACUGAUUGCGAAUGAGUGCUACAAGUGUGCCGAGUUCUGGGUGGCAGCCAAGGCAUUUGAUAUGCUGGAAAAACUAGAUCCCAGUCCGGAGAACUGGGAGGGCAAACGGGGCGCCUGCGCCGGAGUUUUGUUCGCCUUGUGCACCAAGGCACAAAGAGGUCGUCCUGGCGGAGGAAUCUCAGAGGUCAUCGGCAUCCUACGCGACUCGUCGAACUCGCAGGCGGAGGCCAUGAUCAAAACCAUUCGAAAGCACAUCAGUCAUUUUAAAUAAAUAAUAUAUUAAAGGCAGUAUCUUAAGCAAAAUUAGAUUUUGUUUAUGAUAAGCCAAUUUCACGCAUAUUAAUACAAUAAAAAGUUACUUUUGAAAU